GAAGAAUCAAAACACCCCCAAAAUGGUUCAAAUCAAAGCAGCUACCUUGGCCGUUCUUUUCGCUGGGCAGGUGCUUUCUACACCCAUUGAAUCCCGACAGGCCUCUGUGAGCAUUGAUGCCAAAUUCAAGGCUCAUGGGAAGAAGUAUCUGGGAACCAUUGGUGAACAGUACACCUUUAGCAAGAAUGAAAAGACUCCAGCGAUCAUCAAGGCCGACUUCGGCCAAUUGACCCCGGAGAAUAGUAUGAAGUGGGAUGCUACAGAGCCAACUCAAGGGCAGUUCUCCUUCAGUGGUUCGGAUGCUCUGGUCGACUUUGCCCAGUCCAAUGGGAAGCUGAUCCGUGGCCAUACUCUCGUCUGGCAUUCUCAGCUCCCAUCUUGGGUCUCUUCCAUCACCGACAAAACAACUCUGACAAAUGUCAUGAAGAGCCACAUUACCACGGUGAUGAAGCAUUACAAGGGCAAGAUCUAUGCCUGGGAUGUUGUGAAUGAAAUCUUCAAUGAGGACGGCUCCCUACGUGACAGUGUCUUCUACAAUGUUCUUGGCGAGGACUUUGUGCGCAUCGCUUUUGAAACUGCUCGUGCUGCAGACCCAGGUGCAAAGCUCUAUAUCAAUGACUACAACCUGGAUUCCGCCUCUUAUGGCAAGUUGGCCGGUAUGGUCAGCCAUGUCAAGAAGUGGAUUGCUGCUGGUAUUCCAAUCGAUGGAAUCGGCUCUCAAACCCACUUGGGCGCUGGUGCCGGUGCUGCAAUUUCUGGAGCCUUGAAUGCUCUAGCCGGUGCCGGAACAAAAGAGAUUGCCAUCACUGAGCUUGAUAUUGCUGGCGCCGGCUCUACCGAUUAUGUCAAUGUUGUCGAAGCCUGCCUCGAUCAGCCCAAAUGUAUCGGAAUCACAGUUUGGGGAGUUGCUGACCCGGAUUCGUGGCGCUCCGACGAGAGCCCAUUGCUUUUUGACAGCAACUAUAACCCUAAGAACGCAUAUACCGCUAUUGCAAAUGCUCUCUAAUGGCGGUCUUUAAUAUCUCUGAAAUUUCCAAGUGUGCUACUGAGAAAGCUAUAGUUGAGACAAAAAUCAAAUGAUACAAACUUAGUUAAAAUACAAGGGCAGGCAUAAAGGAAUACUAUACUCUCGUCCAAC